CACUGUGUUUCACUAUAUUCUAACAGGUGCCUGGAAGGCAAUUCGUAAUGAAUUCCCAAAUGCAAGCAUCAAUGGAUGCGCAUUUCACUUUAGCCAGGCAGUGUGGCGGAAAACCAUGGAGCUCGGACUCGACGACAUACAGCCUCCGGGGACAGGAGUAUAGGUAUAUCUGUAGUCUGAUGGCAUUGCCAUUUCUACCUGCUGCUGACAUCCAGCCAGCCUUCCAACAACUGGAACAGAGGGCAACAUCACCUCAACUUCAUCAACUGGUGAGGUACGUCAGUGAAAGCUGGCUUAAAAAUCCGACCUGGCAGCCUACGAAUUGGAAUGUCUACAACCUGACCAUCAGGACAAAGAACGAUGUUGAAGGAUGGCACACCCGUCUCAAUAGCUAUGCGGGAAAUGCCAAACUCUCGUUCUACAAACUCGUCCCACUUUUGCAACGCGAGUCGGACAUCGUCGAUUUACAGCACACACUGGUGGCUGACGAACAGGUCCUGCGUGACCCAGCGUAACCAGACGAAGAAUCUGCAGGGCAGGCUCACCAAUUCUGGGCAAAAUAUGCUGCCCAGGAGAUGACAGCAUCGCAGCUGCUCAGGCAUGCGGCAACAUUUACGGCCCAAGCACGAUUAAAACACUUGUUUUAGUUGAGGCAAUGCUGCCCUUGGUAUCUAUGGUAUAAUGAGAUUAGCUUUAAACCGAUCGAUCCGAUCCCGGCAGUGGUCAAUCAUUGUGAAAAAUAGAGACACGCCGAUUUCUCCGUUUCGAUUUCUGACAGACAUAGUAGCCGAUGUAUAAAUGGAUAUUUUUCUGUGAUUACAACUCGGAUUCAUUUAAUGUACACUCGUUCUUACACAUUUCUUAAUUAUCGGCUAGUAAUGUUACGAAAAGUGGACAUGAACAUACAUCGGCGUGGAUCUAUCCAAAGCUUUCGAUACGGUUAAUCAUAAUAUCUUACUCGCAAAACUGGAACGUUACGGUAUUAGAGGUUUAACUUUAGAUUUUUUUCGAUCAUACCUGUCUAAUUGUUAUCACUACACAUGCAUAAAUUCACACAAAUCAAACUUGGCGGAAAUGACUUGUGGUGUCCCUCAAGGAUCAACACUGGGUCCACUACUCUUUCUUAUAUAUAUAUUAAUGAUC